AUGAAGAUUACAGUUGCCACCUUUUCCCUGCUCCUGGUCCUGGCCCUGUGCAGCCAGUAUGCUGAAGGCUGCACUGGAUUUUAUGGCACUUUCGGUGUCCUGCUCCUUGGGGAUCCUUCUUUGCUAGCACUGAACCUCGAAAAAUAUGGACCUACUGAAGCUGAGACUCAAGCCUUAAUAAAGGUACAGGAAUGUUAUGCAGAAAGUCCUGUGAAAACAUCUCUCAUCGAUGCAUUAUUCUUGGUUCUUAUCAGCCAAACCAGCCACUCCCCCAGAGAGCACAAGAGUUCCUGGAUGGCAGUGGGUAGACGAAGUGAAGAGAUUCCAAGGACUUAUACCCUCAGAUGCUCAGCCUCAGCCAAGAGAGUGACUGUCAUUCAGCUGGCCUUGUUGCUGGCCCUCAAUACAGUUUGA